CUGCACAUGUGACGCUUUGGGGUCCUGUCGUUAGAGGUGCGGUUGGCGUGCAGUUCAUCAUGGCAGCGAACAGUAGCAACAACACGAGCGGUAAAGGCGGUGGAAAGCAGUCCGCUCCCUCCGCCGAGCAGGUGGUGGCUACUUUUCAGAGGAUGCGACAAGAGCAGCGCAGUAUGGCUUCCAAAGCGGCAGAGUUUGAGAUGGAGAUCAAUGAACACAGCCUCGUCAUUGACACACUAAAGGACAUAGAUCCCUCACGAAAGUGCUUUCGUUUAGUUGGGGGUGUGCUGGUGGAGAGGACCGUCAAAGAAGUUUUGCCUGCUUUAGAAAACAAUAAAGAACAGAUUUCAAAGAUUGUGGAGUCACUUAACACACAGAUGCAGUCAAAGGGGCGCGAACUGACGGAAUACCGUGAACGUUACAACAUCCGAUUAGUCGGAGAGGAUGACAAACAGGGCAAAGCAGAUGCCAGUCAAGCCAAAGAGAGUGAAGGAGGAGGGUCUAAAGGUGGCGCUGGAGUACUCGUCUCGUAGUGGAUGUUUUCUUUAAGUCACAAGAAAUUGUGUUUGUUGGUGCUGUAAUAUUCAGGGUAGAGAUAUGGAGGGCAUGUUUCUUGUUGAGUCUUACAGAUGCUGGUCAUUAUUCACAUAAGAGAAUGAAAGUCUUUGUUUCAGUAAAGUGAAAAAAACAUUUUCAUGUGCAUUUUGUGUAUUCAUUUUGGAACAUUACAUACAACAAUAUACUUUACCACUCCAAUUAAUACUAGCAAAAUCAGUUAUAUCCUUGAGCACAUUUUGUUUUGACAUUGUGCCACUUAGUUGCCUUUCGAUUCAGUUUAUUACAACUAACAGCUGAAAGAUUACUUUUUUAUGUUUAGUCCAUUGAUAUGCCAUGAAGUUGAUGUUGAAAUUAAACUGCAAAAUUCACCUGUUCUCAGUAAAUUUAAUUCAAGGACUGGACAAGACAAACUUUUUUUUUUUUUUUCAACUUUCACUUCUGAAUUCUGGAAUAAAUUAUAUUUAGCUGUUGGUGCAGUUUUGACUGAAAUUACCAUGAUGACCUCUGACUUUGGAGCACAGCCCUACUCCACUUAUCACUUCAUGACUGCAUACCUGUGGACAAAGCCUUUUUAUGUUUAUGUGGUUGUUUUGGUUAAUUAAUUAAAAUAGACAAAAUUGA